UUUUUAACUGAUUAGUUAGCUUGGUUAUCGUAUGGAGAAACCUAAUUCCUCAAUACAGCUUGGAUCUAACAGAGAAAGACAAAAGCAGUUUUCAGCUCCAGCUGCAGAUUAACACUCCACACCAUCGGGUAAUAUAGGAAGCAAAAACAACUUGGCCUCUGGAUUUUCCAUCUGCCACAGAAGCAAACCAGCUGGAAAACUUUAUUCCUUGGCUCCUGACAAUUGUCACAGCUGCUUUAAAAUGAAGAUAYUGAAGUGGACUUUGGGUGUCCUGCUGUUCCUGCUGCUGUCUAUCGGGCGCUGUACAGAACAAUCCAUGCCGAGCAAGAUGCCCCCGCGGAGGCAGCCUCGUUCAGCAGAUGGGGGAGAGGAAGGGAAGAAAUGUGGUUACACYUUCCUGGUGCCAGAACAAAAAAUCACAGGGCCAAUUUGUGUGAACACGAAUGGGGGCACUGGAAACAGGAAAGACGAAGUCACCAGGAUGGACAUUGAGAAYCUGAAGGAUGUGCUGUCCAAGCAGAAGCGGGAGAUCGACAUUCUGCAGUUGGUAGUGGAUGUGGAUGGAAACAUUGUGAAUGAAGUCAAAUUACURAGGAAAGAAAGUCGGAACAUGAACUCUCGUGUGACCCAACUGUACAUGCAACUGCUGCAUGAGAUCAUUCGAAAGCGCGACAACUCACUCGAGCUUUCCCAGCUGGAGAACAAAGUCCUUAACGUUACAACCGAAAUGCUGAAGAUGGCAACGAAAUACAAGGAGCUUGAAGUGAAAUACGCAGCACUAACUGAUCUGGUGAACAAUCAGUCUGUGACUAUCUCGCUGCUGGAGGAGCAGUGCCUGAAAAUCUUCUCGCGCCAGGACAGCCACGGGUCCCCACCCCUGGUGCAGGUCGUGCCGCAGCACAUUCCCAACAGCCAGCCCUACACCCCAGUGCUUCUGGGAGGCAACGAGAUACAGCGAGACCCAGGCUACCCCAGAGACAGAGAUGUAAGGCCCCCACCCGACCCAGCCACUUCUCCUACAAAGAGCCCUUUCAGAGUACCACCGCUGGCUUUGAUUAAUGAGGGUCCAUUCAAAGACUGCCAACAAGCCAAGGACGCUGGGCAUUCCAACAGCGGGAUUUACAUGAUCAAACCCGAAAAUAGCAACGAGCCAAUGCAACUCUGGUGUGAGAACAGCCUGGAUCCUGGAGGAUGGGCAGUUAUCCAGAAGAGGACAGAUGGAUCUGUCAACUUUUUCAGGAAUUGGGACAGUUACAAGAAAGGAUUUGGGAACAUUGAUGGAGAGUACUGGCUGGGACUAGAKAAUAUCUACAUGCUCACCAAUCAGGAUAAUUACAGACUAUUGAUUGAGCUGGAGGACUGGAGCAACAAGAAGGUCUAUGCCGAGUACAGCAGCUUCCGCCUGGAGCCCGAGAGUGAAUUCUACCGGCUGCGUCUGGGAACGUACCAGGGCAAYGCUGGGGACUCCAUGAUAUGGCACAAUGGGAAGCAAUUCACAACACUGGACAGGGACAGGGACAUGUAUUCAGGAAACUGUGCUCACUUCCACAAGGGUGGCUGGUGGUACAACGCGUGUGCUCACUCCAAUCUCAACGGGGUCUGGUACCGAGGAGGCCACUACAGGAGCAAGUACCAGGAUGGAAUAUUUUGGGCUGAGUAYCGGGGAGGUUCCUACUCCUUGAAAGCAGUUCAGAUGAUGAUCAGACCUAUAGACUGAGGAAGAAAAUCCCACAGUGCUCCCAUAUAAACUUCUCAGUGUCUGAGUUCCAGAAAAAUAAAAUAUUACUUUUUAAUCAUUAUUUUGCACAAUCUGCCCCUGCAAAAAGCAGGUCUACAGUUUUCCUGUCUUCUUUCCCUUGUCAUGUUCCCCUCUCCUUUUUUUAGGACCYUUCUCUACUGUGAGAGAUGGUAUUKUUUUUAAACACACRUUCACAAAAGCAGAUGUUUGUGCUUGCAAAGCAUAUUUAUCUUUUGUUCAAGAUCAACAUACUUUUGUAAACAGUCAAAGCUGGUAAAGAAUUUCAGAUWUAUGACAAGAUAUAAGCUUUUCCAGUUCAAAAAGCUUAUACUUUUUCAGGUUAGCUCAACCCUUAAAUGUAAAUAUGUGAAAUGACAUUGUCUUGCUUUAAUGUGAAAAUUGAUUCGUUAUUUAACAAUUUAUUUAAAAAUGUUGGUAUUACUUUCAAUGAAAAAUCUGACUUCAUAUUAYUGUUUGAUAUUUACUCCAAGAAGCUCCAUAAAAAAUUGGAGACAUUUUAGCUUUGCCAGCAGAGAAUGAUUUUUGCAACAAAUAAUUAUUUCAAAAUGAAGAGGCAAAUUAAACACAAAACACAAAAUUUCUUAAGGAAUUCUCUACACUGCUAAGAUCUGCAAGUCUUAUCUUCUGUAAAACAUUUAAGCAAAAUGUUCCUAGCAUAAGAAAAUUACUUGUAUGAAACUAUUGACUAACUUGCGACAACCAAAUUGCUUGAAUACCUUUUUUACUUUCAACCUCCAUAUUCAAGCUUUCCAAUUAAAAUUUGAACUUAAAUAGCAAAUGUGAAAGUCCUGAUACUAAAAUCAUGACUUGACACUUCCCUGUUCCAAUUARGAGUGACAAGGGCUGACCAAGCAUUCACACAUAGUAACUGAGAGAAGUCUCUGAAUAUUAGAAGUUUUCCUCCAACUCAGCUUUCUGCUGCCACAGUAAAACAAAGAAAUCAGCUACGAGUGUGCUCUCCCUGACAUCCCAAACUUGGGCAGCUCUUAUGACACACACAUUUUCCUUCCCUUAUACACAUACAAUUUUUGAUACUGUCUAUACUAAAUUUUAUCUUCUAGAUAUCAAAUUUCCACUGGAAUUAAUAUGUAAUUUCAGAAAUUAAUUACAAAAUACUUUCCCAACAUUUCAMAAAAGCUAUACCUCACACUGAUGCAAAAUCAGAUACAACAAAACAUUGGCUUUAGGUACCAGAAUCUCAAAACUAAAGCUUUCUUCUGGUUAUAUAACAUUAUUUAGUAAUUGCACUUAUAGCCACASAGGUUGCCUAAUUUAAUGUUAUGUUACAUAAAAAUGAAUCUGCUGUUCUGAACUGUAACCAAUGUAUUUGUUUAGCACCUCAUAUGUACCUUCAGGAUUUUCAGGAACUUUGUCCCUAUUUAAAAUAAGAAACCAUAAUAGCUAAAAGCAUAAUCUAGUAUURUUGUUAUGUUAAAUUAGUCAAUAGCCAUUACUAUGCAAAGCCUCCUACGUAAUGCAGAGGAGAAAACCCAGCAGUCUGCUUUCAGGACACACUGUCUGGAAUAGAUAAAGCUUCAUUGAUAAUGUAUGGCUGCAAGGCUUGUAGUUAAAUCUCUGGUCAGAGAUCAAAGCCAACCAGUCCCACCAAUAUUUAAUUGGGGUUGGCGGCRGUGGGGAAUCAGUCCCAGCAUAUUCCAUUCCCAAAUUCCAAGAAUUUUAACUGACACAAAUGUUAAYGAUUACAAUUCUGAAAUUGUUCUUCAUAUAAGGAAUAUUUGUUUGUUACAAAUAUCAUACAGACCUCAUUGAUUGAGUGUCCUGCAAAAUGCUUCUUAAUUGCAAAUGCUUAUAAUUCAGAUUGUCUCUAGUCUGUCUUUUAUUCUAUGAUAGCUGGAUAGAAGAGCAGUUCUAUCUGAAAAAGAGAAAAUGCCYUCCCCAAAGCACUCCUUUAAUGAUCACUUCUGACAGCCUUUAGUUCAUUCARCCGGCAGAUUUCCUCUCCUUGGCAGAGAGCUUAUUUUACCCCAAGAAUCUCUUGCCUGCUACAAAAACAGUGUUUGUUUAUUCAGUGCACUCAGUGAAAGGUGUACUUUGCAGAAACCCCAAAGUAAAAUUAGCUUGCACUCAGCCUUUUAAUUAAAUCUUAUAUAUUAGACAUCUAAAAAGUGAGCCUUUCCCAAUUUAAAGCUGCAGUAUGACGUUAACUAAACAUUAUUACAAAAUACACCCAGAAACCUCGGACUGUACAAAUGCUGUGCUCUGAAAGGAAUGACUUAAUUAAGUUGCCAAUUUAAGAUUAUGAGGAAGGAAAGCAUAGCAUGUCUUUUUCAGGUUGCUUCAUACUCUGUACAGUAAUUCACAUUCAAAUGCUUGCAACUCUAUUAGCUUGUAGCUUUAGGGCUGAAUUUUCUAAGCAGGGCGAGUGACUGGAAAAGUGCAAUGUUUUCUCCCAYACUUUUUCUUUUGAAAGAUUUUCAGAAAAGCCUAUAGCAUCCCUCAGGCUCCUUGCCCUGGGCAUUCAGGAGCAGUCUGUCUGAGAAGGAUAAAGCCUUCACCAUUCCUGUACCAUCAAUCCAAACUUAACCAGGCAGACUCAGAAAGAAAAGUUCAACUUGUGAGAAACCUGAAACACAGUUUUCACAUCUAUUUCCAAGCUCUAUUGCAAACACUAUCACUGAAGUAGCUGCAUAUUCCUCAGAUGAAUACUUAAUAACUUGUUUUCAGCUUUUCUGUUUCUGGAUAUAACUCCUCAAAGACAGCURUAAGAAAAAUAUUUCACAAGGUAG